AUGCAGCAAGCGGCGCGGAAUACCGAAGGCCGCAAUAUCUGGCUUCCACAUUCCCAACUGCGCCAUAAAGCAGUCCAUUUCGUGAGAGGUGGUGACCUUGAACCGGAGGAGACGAAAAUCCAAACCAUACCGACACCCGAGAAAGAGCCAUGCGAGUCGACAUUCAAAACGGAACUAGACAUUGAGAAACACGACAUUUCUCAUGAUGAUACAACCAUCGAGCUUAGUUUUUUUAUUGAUCGGUCAAGCCAAAGCAUCGCACCCACAGGUCUACCCAACCCUGUUUCUAGAUUACGUUCACUCAGCCCAGAAGACUCAAGUGGGGAUGAAAUAGUUUUUCACGGACGGAGCAGAUAUACCGACCAAAAGAAUCGUUUACAACACCCAACUACAGUUGACGAUGAAUAUGAGCCGCAGUUCUUAGAAACAUCCGUUACGCGUCAAAACCCAAUUUCAAAGGCUUCAAACAAAGCAGCACACAGUUCCACCCCCCCGCGAAGAUAUGACCAAGCAAUAUUCAACGAGGAAAGUACAAAAAGUACAAAGGACGAUGAAAAUGAUAUACUUGCCGACUACAUCGCCAACAUGGACGUGGAUGUCGACUACGAAGAAACGGAUACAUCAAGCAACGCGCAACCGGACAACGUUGGUUUGAAUAAAUUCGAGCUAUCACCAGAUCUCGUUGAAGAUCCUGGUUCAGUCAGCCUGCCAAGUAGUGACAACUUGAAAGAAUUCAAAGAAUCCGAAGCCAGUGGCUCGGAGGUUCAGUCUGACGAAGAUUUGCUUGACGAAGAGAUCGAUUUGGAGAACAUUGAGUCACUAUACGAAAUAGCCUCUGGCUGGAACACGAAAACUAAAUUAAAGAAAACAAGAUUCCCUUCGGCGUCAGCCUUUGCUGAUGCGCUAGAAUCAGACCCUUAUCACGGAUUUGAUAUAAUGGAUUACAACCGACCCAGCUUGAGGAAGAAGGUCAAAGGGAGAAAAGGCCCUCCCGAUUUUAUGUUAUCCGAUAGCGAACUCGAGAUGGAAUUAGAAAGAGCGUGGAGAAAUGAUCGAGAAAAGAAGAAAUCCAAAAAGCAAAAACGCGAGGAGCUUCGCUCUCAGGGAUUGCUAGGCCGAAGCAUAGGCAAGGCAGACUUGAAGACCAAGUAUGCACAUGGCAUGGGUGUUGAUGACACAAAAUCAGAGAUCCGUGCCUUUCUUUUAUCAUCGAAAGACAGUUUGCCUUUACCUCCGAUCAAUAAACAACUAAGGAAACUUGUCCAUGACAUGGCAAAUGCUCUCUCACUGAAAUCGCAUUCCCGAGGCAAGGGUCCCUCCAGGUUUCCUAUUCUCUACAAAACUUCUCGUACCUCGAAGUAUAAUCAACAUAAUAUUUCGCAAGCCGACAAGAUACUCUCGCACGGGAGGUUUCGCCAUCGCACAACUAAGACAGGUGACCAAAGUGCAAGAAAAUCAGUGAAAACUCGUGGUGGUCGCCCAGACACUUCCGUUUCUUACAUGGACGGUGACAUUGUUGGCGCAUCAGCGCCUGAAAUAGGUACAGAAAACAAGGGACGGGCUAUGCUAGAGAAAAUGGGAUGGAGCUCAGGAACUGCUCUUGGUGCGACUAACAACAAGGGUAUCCUACUACCUGUUGCGCAUGUGGUUAAAAAGUCGAAAGCUGGUCUAGGCUAA